AUGAGGAAGCCAGAUUUUUCUGGGAAGAACAAUGUGAACAACAAUGGAGCCAAGCUAAGGAAAGGUUUGUGGUCACCAGAAGAAGAUGAUAAGCUCAUGAACUACAUGCUCACCAAUGGACAAGGCUGCUGGAGUGAUGUAGCAAGAAAUGCUGGCUUGCAAAGGUGUGGAAAGAGCUGUCGUCUUCGGUGGAUUAAUUACUUGAGGCCUGACCUCAAACGAGGCGCUUUUUCACCCCAGGAGGAAGAACUCAUCAUCCAUCUUCAUUCCAUUCUUGGCAAUCGGUGGUCUCAAAUCGCAGCACGCUUGCCGGGGCGCACUGACAAUGAAAUCAAGAACUUUUGGAACUCAACAGUAAAGAAGAGGCUUAAGAAUUUAUCUUCCACACCCUCACCAAAUACAAGUGAUUCAUCAUCGGAUCCAGGGGGUCUCGUGGGAGGAGGGCUCAUGUCCAUGCGGGAACAAAACAUUAUGGCUCUCUACAUGGACUCAUCAUCCUUGUCAUCGUCAUCGACAAAAGCAAGGGCUCUGAAUCGUCCCAUGGACAUCGACCCCUUGUCUAUGUUUGAUAACAGCCUAACUAUGUCUGCUCCAAGUGGAUCAUACUUAAAUGCACCACAAGUUGAAAUGAACCCUAAUACGUUCUAUGAGAAUUACAGGAUGUUUGGUGGCAAUAUUGGGGUGGAAGGAGAGCCGUUAGAUCUCCCCCCUGAGAGCAUAAGUAUUGAAGGAUGUGCAAAAACCGAAUAUUUUUCAGAUACAAACACUAAUAACAUCACUGUCAACACUAUGAACAAUUUAUUCAUCAAAUACUGCAACAGCAGCAACAUCAACGACAACCACAAUAACAAGAACAUCAAAGUAGAAAACAUAGGUGGGUUAAACAAUUACUUUGAAGGAGACGACCAAAGAGUACUGGGGGACUGGAACUUGGAGGAAUUGAUGAAGGAUGUUUCCUCCUUUCCAUUUCUUGAUUUCCAUGUCGAAUAAUCGGUUUCCCUUCCGAUUUUUUGUUUUUUUCCCUCCUUAUUUCUUUUCCAUUCAAAGGGAAACCCUCUUUCUUUUCUUCAAAAACUACCAAAACCCAAGUCACAGUUCUUUAGCUUCAAGAAAAACUUAGUUUUGUUGGGUUAUAACUAGGUCACCUCAAGCUUCUAUUCUGACAGGAAAGCAACUCCACUGCUUGGAUGGUGUUGAAGAUCUGGAAUAAAGGUCACUCACGAGUAGAUAUAUUUGUGGCCAUGUAAUUCUUGUAUAGAUGUGUGCAUGUAUAUCUUAUCGUGCUGUAAGGCAGUAAGGCACUUGGGCUAUUUCCAGUUAAUUCCAAAUGUCUAUAACAACAAUGAAACUUUUGGAGAGAGAUGUGAAUAGUGAUAGAAACGUAGAGAUCGGCUGUUGUACUGUAUUGUAGUUGUUAUGAGAUUGUAGUUAUUGCUGGAUAAGAUUGUCAAUCACUUUUCUCUUCAAGACUGUGGAAUAAUGUCCUGUAUUCCCGUCCGAGAUAUGUACAAAACAACUUGGGACUGUCUUAUAGUGGGAGAUUACCUUAUGUACUACACAUUGAUGAAUAUAAAAUCUCUCUCUU